AUGGCCGAACUACUGUGUACACAUUCUCACAUUCCUCUACCCUCAGGAAUUAAUGAUGGCCGUAUGAACAGCCGGAAGUCUUCGUCAUCUGACAAUGAUUCGUCGUCAAAAGAUAUCAACCGAUUCGAGAAUUGCCAAUUCGCUAACAUUUCAGAACGCAAAGCAGUGAACAUUGAGUUUACUGACUUGGUUUACAGUGUGAAACAAGGAAGGCACAAAGAUGAGAAAGUGAUAUUAAAGAAUGUAUCCGGUCAGUUCAAUGCAGGGAACUUGACUGCAAUUAUGGGUCCUUCGGGAGCUGGUAAAUCUUCAUUGAUGAACAUACUGGCAGGAUACAGGACAAAGAAUAUCACAGGACAGAUCCUGGUAAACGGUCAUGAUCGGGACUUACGUCGGUUCCGUAAAAACUCAUGUUACAUCAUGCAAGACGACCAUCUACUGCCCCAUCUGAGCGUGGAGGAGGCCAUGAUGUGUUCUGCACACCUUAAACUUGCUGAAAAGAUGUCUUUGGUAGAAAAAGAGGACCUGGUGGAUGAGAUUUUAGAAGCUUUGGGUCUGAUGGCGACAAAGAAAACAAGGACCAUCAAGUUAUCAGGUGGUCAGCGGAAACGUCUGUCCAUUGCUCUGGAGUUGGUCAAUAAUCCACCGAUCAUGUUUUUUGAUGAGCCCACAAGUGGAUUAGACAGCGCCUCCUGUUUCCAGUGUGUGUCAGUAUUAAAGGCCUUGGCUGGUGGUGGGCGGACCAUUGUAUGCACUAUACAUCAACCAAGCGCCAAACUCUUUGAAAUGUUUGAUUAUCUUUACAUGCUGGGCGAAGGUAACUGUAUAUAUAGAGGCACUAUUAAGAAUGUCAUUCCGUACUUUCGCUCUCAAGGCUGUGUCUGCCCUCCCUACCACAACCCCGCAGACUUUGUGAUGGAGAUUGCUGCGGGAGAAUGUGGAAAUGAUAAAGUGGUACAACUUAUUAUGGCAAUUAAAAAUGGAAAAUGUGAAGAGCUGGCUCUCGAAGACAAAGUAAAGGCUAUAAAGGAAGGACUGGAGGAGGGUUCAGAGGUCAAGGUCGUUAGUAACGGUGUUUCUAUACCAAACGGUACAGCAACAAAGCAUGUUGAUGAUGAUGAACUCUUUUUGAAUAACCUUGAUGAAAAAAACAAACUGAUGAAAUGUAACGGAACAUCUCAAACAAACGGACAUGUACCAAACUUGGCCGUCAACAAAUUACAGAAUGGUGACGCAAAGAAAACUUCUUCACCGGAGGGAGACGGUAAGGAAAUCUUGACGUUUGCCACCAGCAGUUUUACACAGUUCCGUAUCCUCUUCAUCCGAACGUUUAUGUCAAUCAUGAGAGACACUACCCUGACAAGACUACGACUGAUAUCCCACCUUAGUGUAGGUAUCAUGAUUGGUCUGUUGUACCUGGGAAUAGGUAACGAGGCCAGCAAGGUACUAAAUAAUGCCAGCUUCCUGUUCUUCUGUCUCCUCUUCGUCAUGUUUGCUGCCCUGAUGCCUACAGUAAUGACUUUUCCACUUGAGAUGGCGGUGUUUGUGAGGGAGCAUUUGAACUACUGGUACAGUGUGAAGGCAUACUACCUGGCUAAAACCAUGGCCGACAUGCCAUUCCAGAUAAUUUUCCCGCUUGUGUACGGCAGUAUAGUAUACUGGAUGACAUCACAACCAAAUGAUUUUACACGGUUUGUUAUGUUCCUGACCUUAGCCACACAGACAUCCUUGGUUGCUCAAUCUCUUGGUCUACUGAUUGGAGCGGCAACUUCAUUACAGGUGGCAGUGUUCUUGGGACCAGUGACAGCCAUACCUAUCCUACUAUUCAGUGGUUUCUUUGUCAACUUUGAAACCAUUCCAGCAUAUCUACAAUGGUUGUCCUAUGUGUCAUAUAUAAGGUUUUCAUUUGAGGGUGUGCUACAAGCUAUUUAUGGUAACGACAGGGAAUCGCUGGACUGUGAUAAAGAACGAUGCAUGUUUAACGCGCCUGAUCAAAUCCUGAAGGAGAUGGAUGUAGAAGGAGCAAAAUUUUACGUUGAUUUUAUUGUGCUGUGUGUUUUCUUUGUUAUCCUCCGAAUUGGGUGCUAUUUUGUGUUGAGAUGGCGAGUCAAGGCACAGAGAUAGAGAUCUAGUCAGUAUC